UGGCGCGACGACGGCGCGCGCGCUGGCUGGGCGCGGACCGGGCGGGGCCGGAGGCGCGGGUGCAGACCGAGCUGAGGCGACCGCGGCUAGCGGUCUCGGAGUGUCCGGCUUCUCUCCGCCUCCGCACACGGUUCUUCGACGCGGCUUCGGGCCCAGCGGACUUAGCCCCUGGCCAUGGACUCCCAGAAAGAAGCUCUACAAAGAAUCAUUUCAACUCUGGCAAAUAAAAAUGAUGAAAUUCAGAACUUUAUUGAUACACUAAAUCAAACACUAAAAGGAGUUCAGGAAAAUUCUUCUAACAUACUUACAGAGUUAGAUGAAGAAUUUGAUAGUUUAUACUCAAUAUUGGAUGAGGUGAAAGAAAGUAUGAUUAACAGUAUCAAGCAGGAACAAGCUCGUAAGUUACAGGAGUUACAGAGUCAGCUUAGUCAAUGUAAUAAUGCCCUGGAGAACUCUGAAGAACUACUAGAAUUUGCAACACGGUCAUUAGAUAUAAAGGAAGCUGAAGAAUUUUCAAAGGCUGCCAGACAGAUCAAGGAUAGGGUAACGAUGGCUUCAGCUUUUCGCCUUUCUUUGAAACCAAAGGUCAGUGACAACAUGACUCAUUUAAUGGUGGAUUUUUCUCAGGAAAGACAGAUGCUGCAAACUUUGAAAUUUUUGCCAGUCCCUAAAGCUCCAGAGAUAGAUCCAAUAGAGUGUUUGGUGGCUGACAAUUCUGUAACAGUAGCUUGGAAAAUGCCAGAAGAAGAUAAUAAGAUUGACCACUUUAUGCUGGAAUAUAGGAAAACUAAUUUUGAUGGACUUCCACGUGUAAAGGAUGAGCGAUGCUGGGAGACAAUUGAUAAUAUUAAGGGUACUGAAUAUACACUGUCAGGCUUAAAGUUUGAUUCAAAGUAUAUGAAUUUCAGAGUGCGAGCUUGUAAUAAGGCUGUGGCUGGAGAGUAUUCUGAUCCAGUGACCCUAGAGACCAAAGCACUUAACUUCAGUUUGGAUAACUCAUCAUCCCAUUUGAACCUGAAAGUUGAAGAUACCUGUGUAGAGUGGGAUCCUACAGGAGGAAAAGGUCAAGAAAAUAAAAUUAAAGGAAAAGAGAAUAAAGGCAGAAGUGGUACACCAUCACCCAAACGGACAUCUGUAGGUUCCAGGCCACCAGCAGUAAGAGGCAGCAGAGAUCGUUUUACUGGGGAGUCAUACACAGUGCUGGGAGAUACUGCUAUUGAAAGCGGACAACAUUAUUGGGAGGUCAAGGCCCAGAAGGAUUGUAAAUCCUACAGUGUGGGAGUAGCAUACAAGACUUUGGGGAAGUUUGACCAAUUAGGAAAGACAAACACUAGUUGGUGUAUCCAUGUCAACAACUGGCUACAAAACACAUUUGCAGCAAAGCAUAAUAAUAAAGUCAAAGCCUUGGAUAUUACUGUUCCUGAAAGGAUAGGUGUAUUUUGUGAUUUUGAUGGGGGUCAACUUUCUUUCUAUGAUGCAAACUCAAAACAGUUGUUGUAUUCCUUUAAGACAAAAUUUACUCAGCCAGUAUUACCUGGUUUCAUGGUUUGGUGUGGUGGACUUUCUUUGAGUACUGGGAUGCAGGUUCCAAGUGCUGUGAGAACACUUCAGAAAAGUGAAAAUGGAAUGACUGGGUCAGCUAGCAGCCUAAACAUUGUUACUCAGUAAUGCCUAUUUAGAAUGUUUACCUGCAGUGGUGGGAAGGAGAUUUGCUGUGUUCUGCUUUAAGGCCUGGAAUCCGUUAGCAUUAAGCAUCUACUACAAAGUAUUCACAGGAAUCUACUGUGCAAUAUCAUAGAAGCAAGCAGAUAUCAAGCAAGAAACUGAUAUUUUAAAGAGCAAAUGGGAAAAAAAGGCAGUGUUUAAAUAAUUAUAUAGAAACUCAUUUUUGUGUUUUCUUGGAUUAAUUUGGCUUUUCUCGUAUGUUUAGUUACAUGCAGUAAUCCUAGGGCCUGAAGAAAAAGCAUUUAAAUCUCGCCUUCUUUCCUUUAUACUUUCUCUUUUUUUUCCUCAUCACUACCUAUUAUUUAGUUCUUAAACUGAAGCUUUAAAAAAACACAGUCCUCUGAGGUUUUCUAAAAAUUGAAAUAAUUGGUUGGGAUGCUAGACAGGUUUUCUUACAGUGGUUUAUUUCCCCCCUUUUAUCAAUAAGUUGAGUUUUGCUAAAUUAUCCUCGUUUUAUUGACUAGAUUGUGUAUCAUUUUCUUUUUUCCAUACAUCAUGGUAUUUCUCUUGCGGCUAUAACUCAAAAUAGAGAGUGAAUAGGAAGAGUUUCUAGACAUAAUAGCUUAAAAUCACCCAAAUUUCAGUUUUUUACCUGCUGCACUAACAUUGGCAAAGGGAUAAUCUUUAUAUGUUGCCCUAUUUAAUUAGACUUCUUUUUAUUCCAUCAUUGGAUGAUGGGUAAAAUUUUUAAAAGCUUUCUAUUUUCUGGUUUUGUUAUCUAGUUUAGUACUACCUUUAAUAGUUAUCGGUACAAUUUCCACUUGUUUUUGGUAAUAACUGAUAAUGCUUAUACUGAUUUUUUAACAUUUCUAAUAGGAAUGAAAGUUUAUUGAAGUUAUAUAGAAGGUAGAAAAACCUACACUACUCAAGUUUUAUCUAAGAAGGAUGAAGCUAUAAGGGGAGAUGCCUAAAACUUUUCUUUACUGAAGUCAUUUAUAUCUGCUUUUUGAUAAGGAAUGGUUUAAACAAAUGUUUUGAAGAAAAA